CUCCAGUCUCCUACUGCGUUUAGUCUAGAGUUGGCCCUUGCAAAUGCUACAAAACCAAACUCAACAAGCACCGCCUGCCCCGGAGCCUACCUAUACAGUAGGUAGUAGUAUUCGCAGCAACUGCAGCAGCGGCAGCAGCAGCCAUCGUCAACUUCGUGCUCGACCAGUUGCCGCGCAUCGCACCGCAUCGCAUUGCAUCGCAGGUUCCCGGUCUACUGCCAGCCUUCAGCCUCCCCCUUCCACCUCCCAUCACCGCCGCAUCUUCCUCCGCCAUCAACAGCUCCACGCAGCAGGCGACACACGUUGAGCACCAGAGACCUGCCUCCCGCACCACCCAAAACCAAGGUACCUACACACAUCUGAGGGUCCCAGCCCUCCGUCCCCUGGUUUCCACUUCCAGCCCAGCCGCCGCCCAGCCCAGCCAGCCCUCCGAGAGCCCAAGGCCCUAGGCCCAAGGGUGUCACAUCCCUCCGCUCCCUUUCUCCACAGCUCCAGAGUCUCUGCUAACAUUUCGCUGAGAUACAGGACACACAGAGUCCACCUCACACGCGAACGGCCGCUCAGGGUGCUCUAGCCUCACUCGCCCCGUCGUCAUUGUCACCCGCCCUGUCGGUCACUGUCGCUGCCACCACGAGCUGCCCACUGCUUAGCACAGCGCAGCACAGCACAGCAUCACUUCAGGCCCUCCUGCUUGCUUUGCUUUGCUUCGCUUCACUGCAACAGAAACAGGGAGAGAGACGGGGUGCUGCAAAACCUGAAUCACGAUUCACCGCAAACGCAACCACAACCGCAACCACAGCCCACGCACCACCUACUGCCACCCAACGACCCUGUGCCCCGUGGUUACCUUUCAGUCUCUCUUGUCUCGCGACGCGAACUCUCGACCUGAUCUUUCUCUCCCUCUCCAGUCUGCUCCCAUCGACGACACGACUUCAGACCAACUUAUCCCAAUCGAGAAUACAAUUCUAUUCCUCUAUCCGCCGUCUCCGACAAUAACCCUCUUCUCUCCCUAGCAGUCUUGUCUGCUACGAAUACUCUUUUCUCUUUCUCUCCGUUGCCUUGGCACUCCGUUCCGUCGCACAAAAUACCUUCUGCGCCCUCGCCCUGCACCACAAAACGCACCAGCACAGGUACUUACUCCUGUACACCCUGUACUCCGUACUGCCAUCCCCGUUAACGUGCUGAGGCAGUAGUCGACACACACACACAACUACAAGUACACACACCAGAGAGGUACCGGACUCACAACAGACUUAGCGUCAGCCUGCCUCCUUGUCCCGGCUCCCCCCUCCACUGUCGGAGCCUCUCCAUUUCCACCUUCCGUGGGUCAGGCGUCAGUGUCAGUAUUCCAGUGUUCCAUCGGCCUCGUGGGAACUAGUUCGCCUUUCCAACCCUCGCUCUGGUGACAAAUCCCCGCCAUUCAUUCUGUCAACCUGACGAAACCCGACAACCCUACAAACUACAUCACGACAACAAAAACACCAACGGCGCCUACGAUUUACGACUCACGACUCGAGAUCGCUUGCCGUCGCCCACGAACUUUCUCCGACCGGGGAUCCGAAACCCCCCUUCCCUCUCCUCUGACCGAAUUCACGCGAUUCCACGAUCCGCCGACCGUUUGCUCCCUUGCUCGCACAUCGCAGCCGCCCAUUAUGAGGCCCGCUGCCCCCUCAAUAGAGAUCAUGGCUACCCAGUCAGCCACGCCGGACUCGCGAUCCUCGUCGUCUACAAACUCGCCACUCCCUGCCGACAACGAGGAGUCAGACUUCUUCAUCGCCGGCAACGAUUCGCAAUCAUCACUCGGCGUCCCCAACAUCGAGGACAUGCAGGUUAGCGAUGAUCCGUGCCAACCCGCCGUCAACCGGCUCCCUAGCGAGAUCCUCAUCUCCAUCUUCGCCAAGCUCAACAACUCAAACGACCUCUUCAACUGCAUGCUGACAUGCAAGCGAUGGGCUAAGAACUCCGUCGACUUGCUGUGGCAUCGCCCCGCCUGCACAAACUGGAAGAAUCACUCGUCCAUUUGCCUUACUCUGCAACUUGAGACGCCCUUCUUCGCAUACCGCGACUUCAUCAAGCGUCUCAACCUUGCUGCCGGUGGUCUCGCAGAUAAGAUCAGCGAUGGCAGUGUCAUGCCUCUGUCCGUAUGCACUCGUGUCGAGCGACUCACCCUGACCAACUGCCGCAACCUCACCGACCAGGGCUUGACCAAGUUGGUGGAAAACAGCUCUUCGUUGCUUGCCCUUGAUAUCUCAGGCGACGAGCACAUCACAGACGUCUCUAUUCAAACUAUCGCCGAGCACUGCAAGAGGUUACAGGGUCUCAACAUUUCUGGCUGCCGCUUGAUCACCAACGACAGCAUGAUACAGCUUGCUGAGAACUGCCGGUUCAUCAAGAGGCUCAAACUCAACGAUUGUGCUCAACUGCAAGACAAUGCCAUCCUUGCAUUUGCCGAGAACUGCCCGAAUAUCCUCGAAAUCGACUUGCACCAGUGUGCACAGAUCGGCAAUGAGCCCAUCACUGCCCUCAUCUCCAAGGGCCAGUCUCUCCGCGAGCUUCGGCUGGCAGGCUGUGAGCUCAUCGACGACAGCGCCUUCUUGACUCUGCCCCCGGCCAAGACCUACGAUCACCUGCGCAUUCUCGACUUGACAUCUUGCGCCAGACUGACGGAUCAGUCGGUGCAGAAGAUUAUCGAUGCUGCUCCACGCCUCCGCAAUCUGGUGCUGGCCAAGUGCCGUAACAUCACAGACGUUGCCGUUAAUGCCAUCUCAAAACUCGGCAAGAACUUGCAUUAUUUGCACCUUGGUCACUGUGGCCAUAUCACCGACGAGGCCGUUAAACGCCUUGUGCAGCAGUGCAAUCGUAUACGGUACAUUGAUCUGGGAUGCUGCAUUAACCUCACAGACGACUCCGUCACCAAACUGGCACAGCUUCCUAAGCUCAAGAGAAUCGGUCUCGUUAAGUGCAGUAGCAUCACCGACGAGUCUGUGUUCGCGCUCGCUCGCGCCAACCAUCGCCCCCGGGCACGCCGCGAUGCGCAUGGCAAUAUUGACGAAUACUAUUCGUCCAGCCUCGAAAGAGUCCAUCUCAGCUACUGCACCAACCUUACACUCAAGAGUAUCAUCAAGUUGCUCAACUACUGCCCACGCUUGACCCAUCUCAGUUUGACAGGUGUCACUGCUUUCCUCAGAGAAGAAUUCGCCGAGUUUUGCCGACCUCCUCCGCCUGAAUUCACGGAUCACCAGCGAGGCGUCUUUUGCGUUUUCUCUGGCGUCGGCGUCACGAAGCUCCGCGAUUAUCUCAACACCUCUCCCGAAUACGAGGGUCUUCGCGACUCUCCUGGCCCUCGCUUCCCAGGGCUCUCGAGCUUCCCUGCACGUCGGGCCGCCGAUCCCCGCGCAACGGCUGGACACGCUGGACAGACCAACGGGGAUGUUGAAGUUGACGAAGCGGAGGUGCCAGAGGACGACGAGUUUGAAGGUCUUGACGGCAGUGAAAUGGCAGUGGACGGCCAGCCCUUGUUGGCACAAAACCUUGUGAACGGCAAUACCCAAAACGGUGUGCCUCCGCCCCCGCCGAACCAUGUGCCUCCGGCUGGCGCUGUGCCCAUGUUCGCCCAACCACUCGGACAGGCUCCCUUGUUGUUCAGCCCUACCAGCCCCAGCUUUCCGCAGUCAACUCGUUCACCAACAGCCGGGGGACCGGCAAAUCAUCCGCCGCCUUUGGUCAUCUCCAGCCACUACUCCCCAACGAGUGCCGGACCCAGCACAUCGACGGCGAACGCACUCUCGCCGCAAGGCACCAACCUUGGCUUUCCCGCAUACACAAAUCGGAGACCUGCACCCCUUGGUGCCAGCACGGCAUCAAUGGAAGCGUCAAUGUUGAGCCCCGUCUCGCAUCGCAGUCGGCCGGCGAGUGUCAUAUCCAUGGAGGCGUCUAUGCUGGGACCUCUGGACCCGGAUAUGGUUGAGCCUACCACACCAAACGGACAACAGCAGCAUUGAUAAGCGAGAGGGCACUGAAGCAGGCUCGGAUAUCCUUUGGGGGAAGCGAUUGGAGACUAUGAUACGCUGGCAUGAGAUACGCAACGACAAUAUACCCAGGAGCGCGCAGGGAAAACACCGGUACACAGAGGGUUUGGAACAGGCAAGGUGUCGGUUACCCUUUUUAACGCUUGGUUGGACUUUUUUGGGGGUCCAUGUAGCCUUUUGGCAUUGUUUGGCAACGGUCUAAAGGAUGCGUGCAGCAAGCACAAGUAUAUCCUUCCUCGUGGAUGAUUGUGCUUGGUUGUGGCACUUUGGGCAGUUCUAGGCUUGAGAUCAACACACCUUGGCCGCUUGGAGGCCAAGUCUUAUUGACCUGUUAAUAGUCGGUGAUAGACUAUGGAUGUUUUAUUUCACUCUGUCCUCUCUGAGAUUGGGAGCAACAUGGCAUACUGUCAGGGGGGCAAGGUUUAGUUCGGCCUCGAGGCCGCGGUAUUAAAUUAGCAAAGCAUUGACAUGGAAUUGCAGUAUUUACUCGACUUGUACGAAAUUUCUUUCUCUCACGAAUCGUCUUUCUCUCUUUUCAGAUGAAAUUGACUAUCCC